AUGACUAUCAACCCUACCUACCUCGCGCAGCGGACGCGCUCCUCCGUCAACUGGUCCGAUGCCAAGUUCCGCGUUCUCAAGACCUACCGGGAGUGGCUGCGCGCGUCCCCCGAGAUCCAGACCAUGUACUCUCUGAACAUGCCCGUAUCCGCCAUUCGCACCAAGGUUCGCCAGGAGUUCGAGAAGCACCGCUACGUUAGCCAGCUUCCUGCCGUUGACGUGCUGCUCUUCCAGAGCCACGCCGAGUUCCAGGAAACCCUUAACUACUGGAAGCAACUCUCCCACGUUAUGAAGUACUUCCGUCCAGAGGAGGACCCCGGUGCCCGACUACCCCGCAACUUCGUCUCCGGCUUCCUGGAGGGCCGCAAUUGA